AUGGAUCGCGCCACGUCAUUACAGGGCAGCAGUCGGCUGCUGCUGCUCCUGCUGUUAUUCCUCAGCUUUGUAUCGUUGAGUCUUGCCGGCUCACCCACCUCCUUCUGCAAAUGCACCUGCUUCUCCAACAGCACCAUCAUUCCUCUCGAUCCCGCCAAAUCCACCAGCAGCUCUUCGGCCAUCGACAACGUGCUCCUCAAAUACCGGCAUCUCAGCGCAGGCACGCAAUCCGACCACAUGGAAGAAGCCGCAACCGAGUAUGAGAAGCGUACCGCAUCCAAGUACCGGCCACUGACCUGCAACGACUGCAACCGCAAGUUCUGUCUGGACUACGAACUGCCUACCUGCAAGGGUGCCAAGGAGGAGGAUGUGUUUACCACGUGCUUUCGUAAGUGGGGGUUUUGCAGCAGGAGGUGA